AUGGACAGCGCUCCGCAAGAGGAUAGCACCAGCAUGCCUAAGGAUAAAAAGGCUGAAAAUGGUGACGAAACAUCGGCAGAAAUGUCAGAGCAAAAUACAGUUGUUGAAAAAGUUAAAGACGAUAAUGGGAUGAUAUUCUAUAAAUGUCGAUUCUGUGGUCUCACCUUCAACUAUAUGACCACGUUGAGGGCGCACGAAAGAGUGCAUAACAUUGAUCAGAUACCGUAUGAAAGCAAUUGUAUUAAUAGCAUUUGCUUUGCAAAUUUAUCACGCAUUGCAGACUUUGCAUUUGCAAAUCAAAAGGGUUACAAAUGUGAAUGUGGAAGGACAUUCCAUACGUAUACAGAUCUGCUUUAUCACAAGCACCCGGGCGAAGAUGAUGAUGAAGAGACUACCGAUAAUCAGUUGAUUGUUGUUAACCGCUCCGGACAGCGCAUUCCAGAAACUGAAUUCCCGAUUCCGAGGUUUGUAGAGAAGGGCUACGAGCCAAAGCAUCCACUGAAAGUCUACUCGGACGUACGCUUAAAGCCAUACAUCUGUCAAUACUGUUCGAAAAGUUAUGCUGAUAGUCGUGGGUUGUCGUAUCACAUGUCCAGUCAUCGCGGUGAACGGGCAUUCAAGGCGAGCGCGUCACGUUAUCUGAUGUCAAGAUCAACGAAUUCAUACAUUAGUUCUGUCAUUUGA